AGGACAGUGCGCAUUGCGUACAUAUCAUUUGUGCUCAUCAAGUGCUCCAGCUAGCAAAACAAACUGAACUAAAAACCACCCACAACCCAAUUGGAAAACAUUUUUUUUUUUGGCCAAACAAUACAAAAAUUGCUAACAAAAAGAGACGUGGAAAGCGCAAUACGAUGGAGAAAAGCAACUCCAGCGUUAUUGCGGCUGCAGCAGCAACUUCGUCAGCGAUAAGCGCAACAAAGAUUAGCAGUGACCAGCAGCAGCUGCAGCAACAGCAACAAGAACAACAACAACAACAGCAGCAGCAGCAGAAACGGUUUCCUAAACCGUGCAUAAAAAAGGUGAAAUUCUCAAGCGAGAGCCUUAAAGCUGAUGUAGUAGAUGGCCUCUGUGAGCAGUUGAAGGAUAACGUUUUGAACGAUUUAAGCAAUUUUAAUCUCAACAAUAAUAUCAACAACAACAACAAUAUCGAAAUCAAAUACAACAGCAAAAUGAGCGAACAGGAAACGGCAACAACAAGCGGUGCAACGACCACAGAUGGGGAACGCCCCAGUUUUCUGGUGGGCGAUGAAAUCGAUGAGAAGGAGGCCAUCGAAGCGGGCGAGGCUGGUGAUCAGUUUCCUCAGAAAAUGAGUGAUAUCCCUCAGAAUGGAGACAUUGCGGAGCGACGCAAGCGUCUAAGACCGAGCAUGUCACGGACUGGCCUGGGCCAGGAUCGGAAUCAAGAUCGUGACUUUCACAUUGCCACCACGGAGGAGUUUGUGAAGCGUUUCGGUGGCACGCGUGUCAUCAAUCGUGUCCUCAUCGCAAACAAUGGCAUUGCGGCCGUCAAGUGUAUGCGCUCCAUUCGCCGCUGGUCCUACGAGAUGUUCAAGAACGAGCGAGCCGUUCGCUUUGUGGUCAUGGUGACGCCCGAGGAUCUGAAGGCCAAUGCCGAGUACAUCAAAAUGGCCGAUCAUUAUGUGCCGGUGCCCGGUGGCUCCAACAACAACAACUAUGCCAAUGUCGAGCUCAUUGUGGAUAUUGCUCUGCGCACUCAAGUCCAGGCCGUCUGGGCGGGUUGGGGCCAUGCAUCGGAGAAUCCCAAAUUGCCGGAGCUGUUGCAUAAGGAGGGUCUGGUCUUCCUGGGUCCGCCGGAGCGUGCAAUGUGGGCGCUGGGUGAUAAGGUGGCCUCCUCAAUAGUGGCCCAAACGGCAGAUAUACCCACGCUGCCGUGGUCCGGCUCGGAGCUGAAGGCACAGUACAGCGGCAAGAAGAUUAAGAUAUCCAGUGAACUGUUCGCUCGUGGUUGUGUCACCAACGUGGAGCAGGGCCUGGCAGCCGUCACUAAGAUUGGUUUCCCGGUGAUGAUCAAGGCCUCUGAGGGCGGUGGUGGUAAAGGUAUACGUCGUGUCGACACCGCCGAGGAAUUCCCUGGACUAUUCCGUCAGGUGCAAGCCGAGGUGCCCGGCUCACCCAUAUUUGUGAUGAAAAUGGCACGCGGCGCCCGUCAUUUGGAGGUGCAGCUGCUAGCUGAUCAGUAUGGUAAUGCGAUCAGUUUGUUUGGACGUGAUUGUUCGAUACAGCGACGCCAUCAGAAAAUCAUUGAGGAGGCGCCGGCCAUUGUGGCGCAGGAGGAGGUCUUCGAGGACAUGGAGAAGGCGGCUGUACGUCUGGCCAAAAUGGUGGGCUAUGUGAGUGCCGGCACUGUUGAGUAUCUGUAUGACACCGAGGGCAGAUACUUCUUCCUCGAGCUCAAUCCUCGUCUGCAGGUGGAGCAUCCUUGCACAGAAAUGGUUGCCGAUGUCAAUUUGCCCGCCUGCCAGCUGCAGAUUGGCAUGGGCAUCCCACUCUACCGUCUCAAGGACAUACGUCUGCUGUAUGGCGAAUCUCCGUGGGGCUCAUCGGUCAUUGACUUUGAGAAUCCGACGAAUAAGCCGCGUCCUUCAGGACACGUGAUUGCCGCUCGCAUCACCAGCGAGAAUCCCGACGAGGGCUUCAAGCCCAGCUCUGGCACCGUCCAGGAGUUGAACUUCCGCUCGAGCAAGAACGUUUGGGGUUACUUCAGUGUGGCCGCCUCGGGUGGUUUGCACGAGUUUGCCGACUCACAGUUUGGCCAUUGUUUCUCCUGGGGCGAGAACCGUCAGCAGGCGCGUGAGAAUCUCGUCAUUGCCCUCAAGGAGCUCUCCAUUCGUGGUGACUUCCGCACCACUGUCGAAUAUCUGAUAACGUUGCUGGAGACGAAUCGUUUCCUGGAAAAUAGCAUAGAUACUGCAUGGCUGGAUGCACUGAUUGCGGAGCGUAUGCAGUCCGAGAAGCCGGACAUCCUGUUGGGCGUCAUGUGCGGAGCGUUGCACAUAGCAGAUCGUCAGAUAACGGGAGCAUUCACCAGUUUCCAGACCUCGCUGGAGAAGGGUCAAAUCCAAGCGGCUAACACGCUGAGCAACGUGGUCGAUGUGGAGCUAAUCAACGAUGGAUUGCGCUACAAGGUGCAGUCGGCCAAAACUGGACCCAACUCCUAUUUCCUGCUGAUGAACAACUCCUUCAAAGAGAUCGAGGUGCAUCGCCUAUCAGAUGGUGGUCUGCUCAUCUCGCUGGAGGGUGCCUCUUACACCACCUACAUGAAGGAGGAAGUGGAUCGCUAUCGUAUCGUGAUCGGCAAUCAGACCUGUGUCUUUGAAAAGGAGAAUGAUCCGUCGCUGUUGCGCAGUCCUUCCGCUGGCAAGUUGAUCAAUUUGCAGGUGGAGGAUGGAGCACAUGUGGCCAAGGGUCAGUCAUAUGCCGAGAUCGAAGUAAUGAAAAUGGUGAUGACGCUGACAUCGCAGGAGGCAGGCACCGUCACUUUUGUGCGUCGUCCCGGCGCAGUCUUGGAUGCGGGCACCUUGCUGGGCCACCUCGAGCUCGAUGAUCCCUCGCUGGUAACGAAAGCACAGCCCAACAAAAGUCAAUUCCCCCAGCCGGAGAAUCCGCCCAUACCCGAGAAACUGAAUCGUGUGCACAACACGUACAAGGUCAUAUUGGAGAAUACUUUGGCCGGAUACUGUCUGCCGGAGCCGUUUAAUGCCCAGCGAUUGCGCGACAUCAUUGAGAAGUUCAUGCAGAGUCUGCGUGAUCCCUCGCUGCCACUGCUCGAGCUGCAGGAGGUGAUUGCCUCCAUCUCGGGCCGCAUACCCAUCUCCGUGGAGAAGAAGAUCCGCAAACUGAUGACCCUCUACGAACGGAACAUCACCAGUGUGCUGGCCCAGUUCCCAUCGCAACAGAUUGCCAGCGUCAUUGAUAGCCAUGCAGCAACGUUGCAGAAGCGUGCGGAUCGCGAUGUCUUCUUUCUGACCACGCAGAGCAUUGUGCAGCUGGUGCAGCGCUAUAGGAAUGGCAUACGGGGACGGAUGAAGGCCGCCGUCCAUGAGCUGCUGCGUCAAUAUUACGAUGUGGAGUCCCAGUUCCAGCAUGGACACUAUGACAAGUGUGUCGGCCAGGUGCGGGAGCAGAACAAGGAUGAUAUGCUGACGGUGGUCAACACGAUAUUCUCGCACUCGCAGGUAGCCAAAAAGAAUCUGCUGGUCACGCUGCUCAUCGAUCACCUGUGGGCUAACGAGCCCGGCCUGACCGAUGAGCUGGCCAACACGCUGAGUGAGCUGACCUCGCUGAAUCGGGCAGAGCACUCCCGAGUCGCGCUGCGAUCGCGCCAGGUGCUCAUCGCCGCCCAUCAGCCGGCCUAUGAGCUGCGUCACAAUCAAAUGGAGUCCAUAUUCCUAUCGGCCGUCGAUAUGUACGGUCAUGACUUCCAUCCGGAGAAUCUGCAGCGUCUGAUCCAGUCGGAGACAUCGAUCUUCGAUAUACUCCACGACUUCUUCUAUCACUCCAAUCGCGCCGUCUGCAAUGCCUCCCUCGAGGUGUAUGUGCGACGUGCUUACACCUCCUACGAGCUGACCUGUCUGCAGCAUCUCGAGCUGUCCGGCGGACUACCGCUCGUCCACUUUCAGUUCCUGCUGCCGACGGCGCAUCCCAAUCGCUUGUUCUCGCGCAUGAGCUCACCAGACAGACUGGAUCAGGCUGCCGCCGAGUCGAUGGGCAGUUCCUUUGUCCGCACGGGUGCCAUUGCUGCCUUUGAUUCGUUCGAACACUUCUCGAUGUACUCGGAUGAGAUUCUCGAUCUGCUCGAAGACUUUGUCUCGCCGGCAAUGGUCAAUGCCAAAGUGCUCGAAGCUGUCGAAGCAGUGGAUUCCAUUUCGGAUAGUCGCCACAGCACCUCGAUCAAUGUUUCCCUCUCCGAUCCCAUUUCACGGGCAAACGCCGCAGAGGAGGCCAAAUCGACGGAACCGAUACACAUCAUUAGUGUGGCGGUGCGGGAGACGGGUGAAAUGGACGAUGUGCAGAUGGCACAGAUCUUUGGCAACUAUUGCAACGAGCACAACGAGGAGCUCUUCCAGCGACGCAUUCGUCGCAUUACGUUUGCCGCUCUGAAGAAACGCCAGUUUCCCAAGUUCUUCACUUAUCGGGCACGCGAUAAAUUCGAGGAGGAUCGCAUCUACAGGCAUCUGGAGCCGGCAUCUGCUUUCCACUUGGAGCUGAAUCGCAUGAGGACCUAUGAUUUGGAGGCGUUGCCAACGGCUAAUCAGAAGAUGCAUUUGUAUUUGGGCAGGGCAAAGGUGUCCAAGGGUCAGGAGGUCACCGAUUAUCGUUUCUUUAUCCGUUCGAUCAUCCGGCACUCGGAUCUGAUCACCAAGGAGGCAUCAUUCGAAUACCUCCAAAAUGAGGGCGAACGCGUUCUCCUGGAGGCCAUGGAUGAGUUGGAGGUGGCCUUUUCGCAUCCGCAUGCGAAGCGCACCGACUGCAAUCAUAUCUUCCUCAACUUUGUGCCCACUGUCAUCAUGGAUCCGGGUAAAAUUGAAGAGUCCGUGACCAAGAUGAUCAUGCGCUAUGGUCCACGUCUCUGGAAACUGCGCGUCCUUCAAGCCGAACUCAAGAUGGUCAUCCGCCAGUCGCCGCAAUCGCCCACGCAGGCAGUGCGCCUCUGCAUCGCCAACGACUCCGGUUACUUCCUCGACAUCUCCAUGUACACCGAGCAAACCGAACCUGAAACGGGCAUUAUCAAGUUCAAGGCUUAUGGCGAGAAGCAGGGAUCACUGAAUGGCCACCCCAUAUCGACGCCGUACAUGACCAAGGACUUCCUGCAGCAGAAACGCUUCCAGGCACAAUCGAAUGGCACCACGUACGUGUACGAUAUGCCCGACAUGUUCCGCCAGAUGACCGAACGCCAUUGGCGGGAGUUCUCCAAGGCGCGACCCACUGUCGACAUACGCAUACCCGACAAGAUUCUCAUCGAGUGCAAGGAGCUGGUGCUCGAAGGCGACAAUCUCGUCGAGAUGCAACGUCUGCCCGGCGAGAAUAAUUGUGGAAUGGUUGCUUGGCGCAUUAUCCUGGCCACACCCGAGUAUCCGGCUGGUCGCGAGAUAAUCGUGAUUGCCAAUGAUCUGACCUAUUUGAUUGGCUCCUUUGGCAUCCAGGAGGAUGUGCUCUUUGCAAAGGCAUCGCAAUUGGCGCGCCAGCUCAAAGUGCCCAGGAUCUAUAUAUCGGUUAAUAGCGGUGCACGCAUUGGCCUCGCCGAGGAGGUGAAGGCCAUGUUUAAGAUCGCAUGGGAAGAUCCCGAGGAGCCCGACAAAGGUUUCAAAUAUCUCUACUUGUCCACGGAGGAUUACGCCAAGGUGGCCAAUCUGAAUUCGGUGCGUGCGAUCCUGAUUGAAGAUGAGGGAGAGCAGCGCUACAAGAUCACCGACAUCAUCGGCAAAGAUGAUGGUCUGGGCGUUGAGAAUCUACGCUAUGCCGGCCUCAUCGCUGGAGAAACUUCGCAGGCCUACGAGGAGAUUGUGACCAUUGCCAUGGUCACCUGUCGCACCAUCGGCAUUGGCUCCUAUGUAGUCCGUUUGGGUCAACGUGUCAUCCAAAUCGACAACUCACACAUUAUACUCACUGGCUAUGCGGCCCUGAAUAAGUUGCUCGGUCGCAAGGUUUAUGCCUCGAAUAAUCAGCUUGGCGGUGUUCAGAUUAUGUUCAACAAUGGUGUCACCCACAAAACGGAGGCCAUUGAUUUGGAUGGUGUGUACACCAUUCUCGAUUGGCUCUCCUACAUUCCUGCCCACAUUGGCUGCGAUCUGCCCAUAAUUUUGCCCAGCGAUCGCAUCGAUCGUCCCGUUGACUUUAUGCCCACCAAAUCCCCAUAUGAUCCACGCUGGAUGCUCGCCGGCCGUGUCAAUCCGGCCAAUGGCAAUGAAUGGGAGAAUGGAUUCUUUGAUCGCGACUCCUGGAGCGAGAUUAUGGCGUCGUGGGCCAAAACCGUGGUCACGGGACGUGCUCGAUUGGGUGGUGUGCCAGUUGGCGUCAUUGCCGUGGAGACUCGUUCCGUGGAGGUAGAAAUGCCCGCUGACCCGGCCAAUUUGGAUUCCGAGGCGAAGACACUGCAGCAGGCGGGUCAGGUCUGGUAUCCGGAUUCAUCGUACAAGACUGCGCAGGCCAUUAAGGAUUUCGGUCGCGAGGAGCUGCCGCUGAUUGUGUUCGCCAACUGGCGUGGCUUCUCCGGCGGCAUGAAGGACAUGUACGAGCAGAUUGUCAAAUUUGGCGCCUACAUUGUGGACGGAUUGCGCGAGUACAAGAAGCCGGUGCUCAUCUAUCUGCCACCCAAUGCGGAACUGCGUGGCGGAGCCUGGGCGGUGCUCGACUCGCUCAUCAAUCCGCGCUAUAUGGAAACCUAUGCCGAUCCAGAGGCACGCGGCGGUGUCCUUGAGCCCGAGGGCAUUGUCGAAAUCAAGUACAAAGAGAAGGACCUCAUCAAAACAAUACACAGACUGGAUGCCACCACAAUCGGGCUGAAACGCGAGCACGAUGAAGCCAUUGCCGCCGGCGACAAGGUGAAGGCCGCCCAGGUGGAUGAGAAGAUCAAGACGCGCAUUGCGGUGCUGAUGCAUGUUUAUCACACGGUCGCCGUGCACUUUGCCGAUCUUCACGAUACGCCCGAACGGAUGCUGGAGAAGGAGUGCAUCAGCGAGAUUGUGGCAUGGCGCGAUUCACGUCGCUGGCUGUACUGGCGUCUGCGUCGACUACUGCUCGAGGAUGCAUACAUCAAGAAGAUACUGCGUGCCCAGGACAAUCUCUCCGUCGGCCAGGCCAAGCAGAUGCUCCUCCGCUGGCUAGUCGAGGAUAAGGGCGCCGCUGAGGCCUACUUGUGGGACAAUAAUGAGGAAAUGGUGAACUGGUACCAGGAACAAACAAACACCGAGUCGAUUGUGUCCAAGAAUGUGAGCUCUGUGCGGCGGGAUGCCAUCAUCUCAACGAUAUCCAAAAUGCUUGAGGACUGCCCGGAAGUGGCGCUGGACGCUGUUGUUGGCCUCUGCCAGGGAUUGACGCCAGUUAAUCGGGGCGUCGUUGUGCGCACCCUCGCACAAAUGCAGCUGAACGAGGAGUCAUCGGCGAAUACCCAGGGAUGACUUUACCUGCACUAUUAAGUUGAGUCAGCUCGUCGUCUACAAAUAUUGGGGAAUCUGUCUGUGAAUCGGCGAUGUGUCUGUUUUUUUUGGAUAGAUGCUUUCAGCAAACUGUUGUGAAGACUUGCUUUUGUAUAAUACUACGAGGGAGCAAAUGUUUUGCAUUUGGUUUAGUUGAAUUUUCUUAAUGUAAUUAGCCUAUUAUUAUAUUAGUUACUACUACUUAGUUACUUCAAAUGGAAAGCAGACGUUGCGCCGAGCUGCCUUUAUUUUUGAAAUUGUAGGCGUGGGUAGUACGAGGAACACUCAUUAAAUUUUCAAAAAAAAAAGCAUACAUAUAAAUCUAUAUACAUAUAUAUAUAUAUAUAUAUACACUGUCUAUCUUUGUAUUUGUAUUGUAUACAAAAGCAAAACUUUCCGCUAGUUGUCUAAGACAAAAAUGUUUAUACACAGAGAUUUUUUGUGAAUUAUACGAAUAGAAAUACUAUUGUGAAUAUACAGUUGUAUACAGUUGA